AAACCAAACCGUCCAAGUCAUUGACAGCCCAUCAAUGAGUUUAUAGUCUUUAUUUUUAUAACUUUAAAGUCUAUGUUGAACCAAAACGUGGCUUUCAGUCUUAAGAGACUGUUGGUUCUGUCUACCCCGUAAGGGAUAAAAAAAAGUGAUAAUAUGUAUGUUGAGAGAAAAAGUUUAUUAUAUAAGUAUAUUUAUAUACAUUAUAUUAAAAUUAUCAACAUAAUUUUAAACAUUAAUUUUUUAACAACGUGGUGCCACCUAUUUGUGAGCAAUCUCAUUUUAUCAUCCGGCCACCCGCGUAUAUUCUGUUGUUUUAUUUGUGUUUUACGAGUACAAAGGAAUCCACGGGACCUAAUUAUUACAUUGUGCAUUUAUUACCUACGUUCUAAGGCCCUAAUAACUCAAAAUAUGACAACUAUUUUACACGUAUUAGUUUAUCUGACACGGUUCACGGUUUACCGUGUCAGAUAAACUAAUGCGUCUAAAACAUACAUCAUUUAUAUACAAAUAAUCACGUCUUUAUCCCUUCCGGGGUAGACAGAGCCAACAGUUUUGAAAAGCCUGAUUGGCCACGUUCAGCUGUUUGGCCGAAUGAUAGAAUUCCCAUCGCCUAGUAGAAGAAUCCCAAGUUUAUAAGCCUUUCCCUUAGUCCCUUAGUCGUCCUAUUCUUAUUUCUAUCUAUAUUUGAAAAAAAUGGUGAUGAAUAGAAUAGAAUACAUUUAUUUUCAAAAUUGGAUACAAGGUAUCACUUAUUGACGUCACAUCACUUAAAUCUAAUUAUAACUACUACCGCUUCUAAAGCGCAUAUGUAGAAGAAGCGGCGGAACAAACUUCACUGCAGCAGUUUCACCAGACGUCAAUUUACAAUAUAUAGACUGAAGGAAAAUCAUACAACAAAUGAUUUACCUAGUUUAGAUGUAAUAUCAUAUUUCAAAUUACAAUAGGCUAAGAAAUAUCAUUAAUAAAUAAAGAAAUGUGGGAAACCGACUAAAUCUAAGAAUUUGAUUCAAAUUUUAUUGGAGCUUUUUCAAUUUGGUUGAGUUCAAUAUCCACAAAAGCAUUUAUUCUGAACUUAUUUACGUUACUCAAAAAUAGUGAGAUUUUUAAACACGGGUAGGUACGGGUACCUUGAAAGAAGUAAGCUGAAGAGUCGCACACUCUAACCACUAAAAAACCGUCGCCUUACUAUCAUAUCAACAUACAAGACGUAUAUUGUGAAUAACGGUUUUACAAAUGAAAUCUAAAUGAACGUAUCUACAGAUGAAAAUUCGAUAGUAAACUUCACAUAAAUCGUUAAACGAAAAUGUUACGUCAGUUUGGACACGUAAGCCGUAUUCAUAAACAAGAUGAAUAUGAGUAUUCCAGAGGCUAUUUUGAUUUCGGGUCAUGUGUAUCGAUGGACGACUUCAGUCAGCCGCAGCGCGAUUCCAGUCCUACAGGCCAGAACGAUCAUAGGAAAACAGUUAAUAUCUGGAACCAUCAUAAACAUGGACACAUUCAAUUGUCAAGACAAGUCAGAAGAGACAACGACGCGAAAUUGGGUCAUCAAAUCAUCAGCACUUGGGGGGCGUGGAUUAUUUGCCAGCAAACCAAUUAAAAGUGGAUCUCUUAUAUUCUCAAAUAAACCUCUGGCUGUCGGACCUCGGGCAGAUUCCUCUGAAAAAGAGUUUUGCACAGUCUGUUAUGACACAAGUGCUUCUUGCUAUCCCUGUGAAAAAUGUGCAUUGUCAGUUUGUUCCGAAGAUUGUGUAAAUUCCCAACAGCAUGUCAAGGAUUGCGUGUUUAUUUGUCAGAAUUGGAAGCGAAAAUGUAAUAGUGCCGAUACCAAAGUGCAGGCUGAAAUGCUUAUUUAUUUACGCCUACUACUUCUGGACGAAGAACAAAAGCAGUUUUUGUCUGUAUUGCAAAAGAAUAAAAUUAACCUCAAUUCAAAAAUUAUGGAGACUUCCUGUUCCUUGUUUAUAACUCCCGAGAAACACAUAAAAAUGAUUAAAGCAAUCGACUCUAUUUUGAAAAUGAACUCAUUUAGAAUAUCCUGGAAUCUAAAGGAAAAUAAGACGCCUCUGCGAGGAAUAUACCCAAUAUCAUCGUUUCUCAAUCACAGUUGUAUACCGAACACGAAGAAUGUGUUCAAUCGUGAUUACACAAUGCGCGUGUAUGCGAGCAAAGACCUUGAAAUCGGAGAAGAGAUCUUGACCUGCUACACUAGCAUUUUGUGGUGCACACCUGCAAGACGUUGUCAGCUGUUCAAAACUAAGCAAUUUUGGUGUCAAUGUGAGCGCUGUAAAGACCCUGCUGAAAUGGGUACAAGACUAUCAGCAUUGAAAUGUUUCAACAGAGAAUGCGUUGGAGUUCUGUUACCGCUGACGCCUACAGAUCCUAUAUCUCCUUGGUGUUGUGAUAAUUGUAACAAUAUAACCUCCCCUCAACAAAUUGCUAGUGUGCAAAGUAUGUUGGGAAGUUUGGUAGGCACUUUAGAUCUAGAUGACCAGUUUCGUCUCGAUACGAUGAUUUUGAAAAGGAUCUCAAGAUUCAUACCAUACUCGAAUCAUAUUUUUGUUGAUUUGAGGUUAAGAUUGAAUUUGAGAAUCGGAUUUAUUGGAACGCACCUGAAUGAGCUGUCGGAGUCCCGGCUGGCAUUGAAAGAGAGCCUGUGCCGAGGCACGCUGCGCACGGUGGCGGCCCUGGGCGCGGGCGACGCGCACCUCCGCGGCCUGCUGCUGUACCAUCUGCACGCCGCGUUAGCAGAACGCGCCAGACGCUCGCCAGACCUGUAUGAGGAUCUGAAAUCGGAAAUCGAGAGUACAAUAAAGCAAGCGUAUAUGAUCCUCCAGGACGACAUCUCCGCUCCGCCAGAUCUCGAACUGCGCUACCAGUACCUCGGCCCCGGCUGUGACAAACCCCAUGAGGAAAGAUUCUUCAUCCUCGCCUCUUAGUCAUAAGGAAUAAUUUUAUUUUUUCUAAUGAGAAUAUUAUUUUAGGAAAGCUUUUGAUCUGAAUUUAUAAGAAUUUUAUUAUAUAUUGUUAUAUUA